AUGGAUGCUGCUGGUAUGUCAGUAUUGCGUAUAUUUAAUGUUAAUGCCAAUAUGCUGAUUAAAGAAUGUGUUACGCAUGAUUAUUGCUGUAAAGUGGCUACAACAGUGUUCCUUUUACAAAAAUUAUACUCCAAUAGUGUAGUGCAGCAAAUAGCACAACAAUGUUUUAUUCACAGUCAUUAUUUUUUACUAUAUGAGUCCAAAGUCCAAUAUGACACAUUAUGUGUUAUGAAUAUGAGUAUGGUUUGCAAGGCAUUAAAUAUUAUCUGUGAAAUGGAAUAUUUUGGUUUAGAACAUUGGACACCAAAUCAAAAAGAAACACGUACCCAUCAAUGGAUUAAUUUAAGGAAUCGUUUAAGUCAAGAUUCUGGUAGUAGUAGCAGUAUUCAAUUAAUGUUAGCGAUACGUGUUAAAUUUUGGGUACCAGUACAUUUAAUAUUACAGGAGAGUGCAAGAAAUUUAUUUUAUAUGCAAGCAAAAGUUGAUUUAAUUGAAGGACGUUUAUUAGCAAAAGAUUGGAAUAAUGCUGCAAAAUUAAGUGCACUUUUAUGUCAAGCUGAUGGUAUUCGUUUUAAUGAAGCAUGUUUAAAAGCAAAAUGCCCACAAAAUCUUAAAACAAAUAUUCAUCAAGAACAAUUAAAUCAUAAAGAGAAAAAAGAAAAAGAACCUGUAUUGGCAUUUAAAAAACGUCGUCUAUCAAAACAAAAAUCAGUUGAAAGUUUUGAUAUGCCAACAACAACAACAACAACAGCAACUGUUGCUGCAUUAACAACAGCAAUUGCAUUAGGUAAUGGAACAUUACAAGAGAAUACAGGAACUACAGGAACAACAACAGCAACAACAACGUCAUCAUCACAAUCAUCUUCAUCAUCAUCUUCGUCAACAUCAAAUAAUAAUAAUGGAACUCAACAAAAACAAAGACCACAAUUACAACGUCAAAGUUAUUCAUUGGGUUCAACAUCAGCAUCAACAUCAUCAUCUGGUUCAUCAAUAUUCAGUUCAAUAUUAAAUAGUACAAGUAAUAUUAAUUCAACAACAUCAACAUCAAAUACAACAAUAAAUGCCGCCAGUACUUCAACUACUAAUAAUUCAUCAACAUCAUCAUCUUCAUCAUCAUCAUCUACAUCAGCAUCAUCGACAACAAAUAAUGGUUCAAGUAGCCAUUGUUUAAAAAAUUUUCCAUUCUGUACUUCAUCUACUUCAACAUCAUCGAAUCUUUUAACAUCAUCAAAUUCUUUAUUGAAUCAAAAUAACAACAACAACAACAACAAUUUAAGUAACAAUAAUAAUAAUUCUAUUAUUAACGAUGAACAAAAUUUACAAAAACAAACAGAAAAUGAUGAAGAUGAUAAAAAUUCACCAUUACGAAUUUAUGAAGAUUACUUAAUUCAACCUACUGAUCUCAAUUCACCUUAUCCAGAUGAAUUUUUACGUAAAAUUGCUAUUGAACAUGCAAAAUUAGCAAAAUUAAAAAUGUCACCAAAAUCAGCAAAAUAUUGGUUACUAAAAGAAAUCCAAGAUUUACCAGGAUAUGGUGAAGAAGUGUUUAGUGGCUUUACUGGUAAUGAAAAUUCAGAACGUUGUGAUGUUGCUGUUGGUGCCCAUGGUAUUAGUGUAUAUAAAGGUGGUGAAAAAAGCAGCAUCCCUUUUAGUGCCAUUGCAGCAGCAAAAUCAUUACGUCGUGCAUUUAAAUUAGAUUAUGUUAAUGAUCAUAAUGAACGUAAAGAAUUAGAAAUAAAAUUACCAAAACAUUGUAUUGCUGCUGGUUUAUAUCGUUCAAUAACAGAACGUCAUGCAUUCUAUGUCUGUGAUAAGGUACGUGUAGUUGUAACAAGUCAAUUUACAAGAGAUCUCAAAGGUACAAUAGCAUCAAUGUUUAAAGAAGAUACAGAAUUGGGUAAAAGAUAUGUAUUUGAUAUACAAAGAACAUGUCGUGAGGUACAUGAUCAAGCUCGAAGAAUAUUAUAUGAACGUGGUAUUGAAAUAACAGCAACAGCUGGUACAACAACAACACCAAAUGGUUUAAUAAAUGGAAAUAAUGAUAUUGAACGUUAUACAAUACCAUCUGUUGAUUUAAUUAAUGGUAAAGUUGAUCAGGCUAUUAAAGAAAAAGAAGAACGUGAAGCAACAAUUGAAAGAUGUGUUGGUUCAAGAAUAACAGAGGCGAUGACAUGUAAAAUAUGUAUGGAUCGUGAAAUAAAUAGUAUGUUUAAUCCAUGUGGACAUGUAACUGCAUGUAGUAAUUGUGCUGCAAAAUGUGAAAGAUGUCCAAAUUGCCGUAUUAAAAUUAUUAAUGUUGUUAAAGUAUUUCUUCCAACUGAAUUAAGAAAUAGCACAGCAAAAAAUCAUUUACAACAGCAACAACAGCAACAAUCAUUAAAUGAUAAACACCAAGGUGUUUUAAUUGAAGCCAGUAAUUAAAAAAAAUAAGAAGAAAAUAAAAACAA